AUGCCCACGCCUCUGCCACCCAACAAUCACCGCCACCGCAACCCGCCUCCGCCUCCGCCGCCACCCGACUCCGUUGCCAAAUCGACGGCCACCACCCACCCGCCAUUGUUGCCACCCACAGCCGCCUCCGCCUCCGCCACCACCAACCACCACUCGUCGCUCACCACCGCCGCCGCCACCACCAACCACCACUCGUCGCUCACCACCGCCGCCGCCACCACCACCACCAUUCACCGCCGCCACCAACCACUACCAUCGCCGGCGCCACCACUUAUCACCACCCACAAUCGCCGCCACCGAACCGUCUCCGUCACCCAUCGUAGCCGCCACCACCACCUAUCACCAUCCACAAUCACCGCCACCGACCACCAUUACUCACCAUCGAUUUUUUCUUUCGUUAUUUCUUACCUAUCAAACAAUACACGAUAA